AUGCCUUUACUCACCCAUGCCUUGCGUUCUCUAUACGCAGCCGGGGAGGGAGGUGCCUCUCCGCUCGCCCGUCGCUGGGAGUUCCGUGAAGAGUCUCCCCUGGUUGGCAGUGACCAUUCGUUAUUCAUUGCCAUGGGUGUCAUUGCUCUCUGUUCAUUGUGUUCCACGAUAGGCCUCUUGUCAUUCCUUACUUAUCGAUUUAUCAACUGGAGGCAGUACUACAAGCAACCACUUGCAAAGAACCAAUACGUCGUUCUCAUUUACAAUCUUUUACUUAUCGACAUGCAACAGGCCAUUGGCUUCACCAUGAGUCUAUAUUGGGCAACGCGCCGGAGUGUGCACUUUGGCGAAGCAGCGUGCUACCUGCAAGGAUGGUGGAUUCAAACUGGUGAUGCUGGCAGUGGUCUCUUCGUCCUGGCUAUUGCACUCCAUACCGGAGCUAUUGUUCUCCGUGGACGCCAGCUUGACUUCAAGACCUUUGUAUGCGGUGUAAUUGGAUUAUGGGUCUUUAUUCUGAUCCUGGGAUUCAUUCCAGUGGGACUCUACGGACACGAGUCCUUUGUCAUCUCAGAGGCCAAUUGGUGCUGGCUUAGUCCUCGAAAUGAGGACGAACGCCUCUGGGGUCACUAUCUGUGGAUUUUUAUCUCCGAAUUCGGAACUGUGGUGUUAUAUGCCGCCAUGUUCUUCUACCUCCGCCGUCGUAUGCAGCAGGCUCAGAUGCUGCGCACCAGCCAACAAGAAAGUCUGCGCCGAUUGAACCGUGUCGUCUUCUAUAUGGUUGUCUACCCGCUCCUCUACCUGAUUCUUUCCUUGCCACUCGCAGCUGGCCGUAUGUCCACAGCCCGUGGCGAUCCACCCAGCAAGACCUACUUCGGUGUUGCUGGCUGCCUAAUGGCCCUGUCUGGAUUUAUGGAUGUUAUGGUCUACACUCUCACUCGUCGCCACCUUAUUAUCGACACCGAGCACACGGACAGCGACCGUGUGUACUACAAUGGCACCGACUCGCAAUGGCAGACCAACAUUACCACCAAUGCUAGCUACUCUCGCAAGGGAUUCCGCAUGGGUUCUUCUCGAAUUGGCUCGAAGGUGCGCCCUGCUGGGCACAAGGAAAAGGACCGCCUCAGCCCCUUCGAGGGCUCGACGGAGAACAUCGUCCCCAAGGAUGAUGUGGAGUUGUCGAAUUUCUAUGGUGUGUACCAACAGACUACGAUUGAGAUCUCGCACGAGCCUGCACCGGCCGUGGAGGUGGAUAACCGUGAACACAGCGCCCGCCGGGACAGCUAG